AUGCGUCUAAAUCCGUGGGCAACGAUCUGCCUGGCCGGUGCGAUCGCAUCGUCAAUCCCCCUCGCUACUUCACAUGAAAUCCACUUGCCCUAUCUGCCUUCUCUGGGCGGGGACAACGAGGUGAAUUCAUAUCUGUCCCUCAAAUGGGCGGUUAUAAACGGCUCGCUCUUCGCCAACGGUGACCGCGUCUUCCCUCCGUCAAUGUCGAUGCAGCUGCAUGCGCCUCAACGGGAAGGCGCGGCGAAAAACCUCGUUACGGGGGAUGAAAUCGAUCUUUCUUACGCCAUCGAGGCCCGCCCAUUAUCCACGGAAGAAAACGGCUCAACCUCGACUAUCGUCAGGGUUCGCGUGGAUCUAUUCGACCACAAAGGCGACGCUGUCACUACCGAUACAGUGCUCGUCGAUCUUCUUUCUCGCCCCGACGGCUCUAGCUGUAUCACUCGGAUCCGUAUGGAGCCGAUCAAGAAGCACGGUGAGAGCAACUUUCAUCGCAACCGACCGUGGCGCAUGAAGCUCUGGCCGACCCAGGUGGGUGCCAUCUUCCACGGCAAGGACAAGCAGGACUCGUCCUCAAAUCAGCCCCAACAAACCGACAACCAAGCCAGCCCAUCUCGCCCUCAACCCACCGAUGCGGCAGCUAGCAGCACUUCCAAGUCCCAGUACGGAUUCAUCUUCUCUCCCUACUGGUCACCAACCACCUAUUCCCGUCGCCCUCAACACAACCCUCACGACGGCCACCGAAACCGCACUUUUAUGCGCUUGAUACGUCCCGUGAUCCUCCCAGCUGUUCUCGGAGCCGUCGCCGGCCUGGUCGCCUGUCUGGUCGGGUUCGUGAUUGGUCACCUCUUCAUGUCCCUUUCAGCACGCCUCGGCCUUCGCAAGAGGCGGCAUCACCGAACAAGGACGAUAUCAAUUGAGGAAGAGUUUGACUCUGAAAAAGCACAACUCUUGCCCCAGAUUUAUGUGACAGAGGUCGAUUCAAUGGAUGCAUAG